UCUUCUUCUUCCAAAACUUUGCUAUAGCAUCCUGAUAAUAAUUAGAUCGAUCGAGCUAGCCAUGGACGAGUACCUGCCCCAGCAGAAGAAGGUCGACGAGGAGCAGGCGGCGGCGGUGGACACCGGCAAGACGAACGGGAAAGAGGCGGCGAAGCAGCACGGCCACAUCCGCAUAGACGACGACUUGGUGGAGUACGUCAACUUUGGCGCCGUCGCUCAGGCUGGAACGGCCUAUUUCGAAAAGAAGUACGAGGCGGCAACCGGGGAGAAGGCGGCGGACAAGGUGGUGAGGUUGAUCGGCAAGGAGGAGACCAAGGAUCGGGACCAGGAGGAGAAGAACAAGGGCGUCGUCUACCAGUUCUGAUAGAUAUCAAUCAAUCAUGCAUGUAUAACAUAUAGCUACCGCACGCCACAUGUGUUCAUGUGUGUGCUUGGUUGUACUCCCGAUCUCUUAUCUAAGGCAAGUACUAUAUGUUUUGAAUAAGUGGCAUGCAGUGGUAAUUAAUACUCCAUUCGUUUUUUUACUAUAUGUAUACUGUUUAUGAUGUACCAAUCCUCUUACGUAAUUAGUUAAUACUACAUUAAAAAA